CACAGGCGCGAAACGAAAGUGACGAGAACCUGCUGAACAUCAACCGCCAGACAGAGUGACUGGCCAGAGCAGAAAUGGAGCAGCCGCAGAAGAGAAAGCGAAAAAGCCACGAAUUUUCCAACUCACAGCCCUCCGACCGUGAACCUGCAACGUCUGCCUGUGCAAAUGCCCGAGAAGGAGAUUUCGUGGAGGGCUCAAUCGUCCGCAUCACCAUGCAUAACUUCCUCACGUACGAUCACUCUGAAGUUUUCCCCGGACCCAAACUGAACAUGAUCGUUGGAGCCAAUGGCACAGGGAAGUCCAGUAUCGUGUGUGCCAUCUGUCUGGGUCUGGCUGGGAAAACAUCUGUCCUGGGCCGAGGAGACAAGGUUGGUCUGUAUGUGAAGAGAGGGUGUCAUAGAGGCUCAGUUGAAAUUGAGCUAUACAGGACACGUGGAAACUUGAUAGUCACCAGAGAGAUCCAGGUUGAGAACAAUCAGUCGACAUGGAUGCUGAAUAAAAAACAUGCCAGUCAGAAGGCAGUUGAGGAGGCUGUGAGAGAACUGCACAUUCAGGUUGGGAACUUGUGUCAGUUCCUACCACAGGAAAAGGUCGGCGAGUUCGCUAAAAUGAGUAAUAGUGAACUUCUUGAAGCCACUGAGAAAUCUAUUGGCCCACCAGAAAUGUAUGAAUUUCACUGUGAGCUCAAGACGUUUCGCACCAAAGAGAGAGAUUUGGAGAAUGUAUGUAAGGAAAAAGGAAACUUCUUAGAGAAGGCCAGACAGAGGAAUGAGAGAAACAAGCUGGAUGUGGAGCGCUACUACAUGAAGAAGAGGCACUUAGACAGGAUCCAGAUGCUUGAGAAGAAGAAACCCUGGGUGGAGUAUGAAACGGCACGUAAAGAGCUGGAGGGGGUGAAGAAGGAAAGAGAUGAAAUGAAAAGGAAGCUGAGGUCCCUGAAAGAAGCUCAGGAGCCGCUGCUCAGAAAGAUCCGCUCUGUGGAGAGUGAACUGCAGCCCAUCGAGCAGCAGAUGAAGGAGAUGACCACCCGUAUCAAAGAGGCAACGCAGAAAUGUAAGCAGAAACACGACCAGCUUGAACUGAGGAAUAAAGAGGUUGAUGACAUCAAACAGGACUUUAGUCUGAAGCAGACGGAGGAGGCAGACAGGCAGAAGCGGAUUGGACACACACAGCUGAUGAUCAGGGAUCUGCAGAAGGAGCUUCAGAAUAUGGGCACAAUUGAGGAUGUUACUCCUCAGAUUGAGGCUAUCAAUGCAGAGCUGAGGAACAUUCAGGAAGAAAGAGCCAGACUGGAGAGUGAGAGUCUAGACCUGCGCAGAGAUAAAGACGAAAUCACUGGAGAAUUUGCGCGUUUGCAGAAUCGUCUGAGGAGUCUGGAUGACAUGAUGAAGGUGAAAGAGGAGAAAUUGCGCAGCCGCUUUCGUGACACACACACAGCCCUCGAGUGGCUGAGGAAAAACCGUGAUCGUUAUGAAGGAGUUGUCCAUGAGCCCAUGAUGCUGGUGAUAAAUGUUCGUGAUGCUCGCCAUGCAAAAUACAUUGAGACUCAUAUUUCUGUCAAUGACUUGAGAGCUUUCGUCUUCCAGAGACAGGAGGAUAACGACAAAUUUAUGAAUGAGAUGAGAGAUACGCAGAGGCUGCGAGUUAACAGCAUCAUCGCUCCAACAGAGUCUUGCUCUAAACGACCACCGUCACGACCCAUCGAGACCCUCAAGCCUUACGGCUUCAUCUCGUACUUGCGAGAGAUGUUUGAUGCUCCUGAGGAGGUUAUGAGUUAUUUAUGCCAUCAGUACAGAGUUAAUGAUGUACCAAUAGGAACAGAGAAGACCAAGGGCAUGAUUGAAACGGUGAUCAAAGACCUUCAGUUGAGAACGAUCUACACAGCGGAGGAGAGGUAUAAUGUGAAGAAGUCUGCUUACUCCAAUAAUGUGGUCUCCAGUAACUCGGCUCUGCGACCACCACAGUACCUGACUACAACCAUAGAUGUAGAGGAGAGACGACAGCUGGAGGAGCAGCUAAGGGCAGCAGAAAGGCAGAAGCAGAGCAUUGAUCAGCGGAUGGCAGCCAUUCGGGAGCAACAAGCUAACCUGGACCGUCGCGAUAAUGAGCUACGUGCUAAUAAGAAGAAACUGUCUGAUCUGAAAAGCAAGAAGAGACAGCUGGAGCAGAAAAUCAGCACAAAGCAGGACAGCUUGAGGCAGAUGGAGCAGAAUGAGAUCAACUUGGUGGCAAUCGAGGAGGAAGCAAAUGCCAAGAUUGCUGCUGUCAACAACAAAAAAGUGACCAUAAUGGGGGAGUAUUUGAGUCACCUGCAGUCAAAGGCCAGGCUAAAUAUGGAGAAGGUGUAUUUGGCUCUCCAGAGUGCAGGUCUCAGUGCUGAGAAAACCAAACUGGAGACAGACGUUCGAGACAGUUCAGCUGAACUCAAGAGAGCAGAGGUAGACUAUACCAAGUUGGACAAGAUAAAGACCAAUCUGUUGAUGACGUGUAAGACCCUGAUGAAACGGGCCAGUGAGAUCUGUAACAUGACUCCAGGAGAGACAGCCGUCCCGGAGGAACUACAUGCAGCCUUCAGCCUGUUGCCUGAAACUCUGGAUGAGAUCGAUGCCAUGCUAAAUGAGGAGAGAACCAGAGCUGAGUGUUUCACAGGCCUCAGUGAUGCUGUGGUGGACGAAUAUAACAGACGUGAGCUGGAGAUAAAGAACUUGGAGAAGGAGCUGGACGAUAAGACUAAUGAACUGACAACCUAUAGAAGAAACAUUGCAGAGGCUAAAGAGCGCUGGCUGAAUCCCCUGAAGAAGCUGGUGGAGCAGAUCAAUGUGCGCUUCAGUGAUUUCUUUCAGUCUAUGCAGUGUGCGGGAGAGGUGGAUCUGCACUCAGAGAAUGAGGAGGAGUACGAUAAAUAUGGCAUUCGCAUCCAGGUGCAGUUCCGCAGGAACACGCGGAUGCACGAGCUCACGCCACACCAUCAGAGCGGAGGAGAGCGCAGCGUCACCACCAUGCUCUACCUCAUGUCCCUGCAGGAGCUCAACCGCUGCCCCUUCAGAGUGGUGGACGAGAUCAACCAGGGAAUGGAUCCUGUCAACGAGAGACGUGUGUUUGACAUUGUUGUGAGGGCGGCCUGCGGUGUGAACACGUCUCAGUAUUUCUUCAUCACACCUAAGCUUCUCCAGAACCUGCAGUACGCGGAGCAGAUGACCAUCCUCUGUGUGCACAACGGCCCUCAAAUGCUGCCGCCAAACAAGUGGAACGAAAAGGCUUUCAUCCAGCGAGCCAGACGCAGAAACCUAACCUGACGUUCAUCAAUGCCUUCAUCUGCCUGCAAAUAGUAGCAGUUUCUAGUGUACGUGUUUAUAAAUCAAUAAAUGCAAAUGUUUCUUUAAGUGAAAAGGUAUUUUUAAGUGUUUGUUCUCAAUAAAGGAAUGCUAGGUUCAGAUAAAGACUCCAGUUAAUGACAGA